AUGGGGUAUUGGUUAGGUGAUAAGUGGUGUUGGAAUGUUACUAAGGCGCACAAGGUUCUUGCACAACAGGCGUCCGUGGAAAUGGCAGAUUUGUAUACUUUGCUUAUGGAUGUUAAUUUAAAUGCUAACAGUGAAGAUGUAAUUGUAUGGCCGUUUGACGUGUCAAAAUGUUAUACGGUUCGCUCUGGUUACGACUUAUUACAGCAGCAGCAACAAGGUGGGGAGCUAGACAUAUGCAGAAAACAGGGGUUGGAGUAUAUUUGGGCAUCUAAGGUACCUUCUAAGCUCAAAUUUUUUUACUGGAGAGUAAUUUUAGACAAGCUGCCGACGAGGAAUCAGUUGGUUCGCCGUGGAAUUAUUGCGAAUAACCAUGAGGCCUUAUGCGCUUUCUGUGAGCUGCGUUAUGAAGAACCUUUUCAUAUCUUCAUUUCCUGUUCUAAGUUACAAAUUUUGUGGGGAAAAAUUAAUCUUUGGCUGGAUAUUGAUUCGCAAGGGGCAGAAGAUUGCUGUGAACAACUUCAUGAGGGAAUUUCUGCUUUGUCGGGGAAGAUUCAAUGCAAAAGGGCUGCAGCUAUUUGGAUGAUGAUAUGGUGGUGUAUUUGGAAGGCUAGAAAUAAUAUCAUUUUCAAUAAUGCGGUUUUUGAUUGCGAUGAAUUAUUCGUCUCAAUACUUUGGUACUCUUGGUGGUGGCUUGCUAUCGAAGCCAAAGAUAGAAUUAGAAGUAACUUUUAUGAGUGGUAUAAAAACCCAUCUUUAUGUAUGUGA